AAAUAAAACGGUCGUGGUUAUAAAUUAAAAAAAUAAAUAAUUAUAAAUAAUUUUAUAAUAAAAGAUAAUUCAUUAUUUUAAGAAAUAAAAAUCAGUUAAUUUAUCAAAAAGAAAUGAAUUAGUAUUUUAAAUAGCUGUGAUAUUUUUUUUUAUAUAAUUCAUCAAUUUAGAAAAAUGGAUUCUAUGGUAUUUUAUGAUGAAGAAGAUGAUAUGAUUCAAGAUCAAGAUAUGGAUCAAGAAUAUGAAUUUGAAUAUGAACAAGAAACUAUAACAGAAUUAUAUGAUCUUUGUUUAAAACCAACAUUUAUUCAUACUGCAGAACAUUUUAUUCCUCUUCUAGCAGCUUGUUUUUUAUUUAAAUUAAUUUCUCAAUGUUCUUUCAUUCCACAUAAAUUGAUACACGGUGUUUCGAUAAUAAUUGGAUUUUUAAUUCUUCGUCAUUAUGUUCCUGAAAGUUUACAUUUAUUAUCAAUAUUCAUUGUGACUUCUUAUAUUUAUUUAAAUUUGCCAAAAAAAUAUCGACGUGGAUUUGGAGUUUUUAUACCAAGUAUUUUUAUCAUUUUAUAUUGUGAAUUAUACCUGGAGCCAGUAUCGUGGCAUAAGAUUCGUGGUGUUCUGAUGAUUGCUGUGAUGAAAGAAAUUAGCAUAGCUAUCGAUCAAAAUGAGACAAAUGAGAAACCAAUUUUUUGGGAAUACUUUGGUUAUUUAUUUUGUCCGGUUACUUCAAUAUUUGGACCUUGGACAUCAUUUAAAGAUUAUGCGGAAUUUCAUCGUCAACAAUUGUGGAAUUUACGAUGGAUAUUGAAAACAAUUGGAUAUUUUAUUCUGGGACUUAUUUUUUUAAACAUAUCAAACUGUGGAUCAAAUUGGAUUAUUUCUGAAAAUUCUGGAAAAUGGAUUCUCGCAUAUAGAGAUGCAUUAUCGUUUCGAAUGUCUCAUUAUUUUAUCUCAAGUAUAUCAUCGUCAUUUUUGCUAUUAGGAGGAUUUUCAGAAAAUUUAAUUACAAUUACAAAACCAAUUGAAAUUGAAUUACCCAGAUCGCUUGUACAAGUUGUUAUUUCAUGGAAUAUUCCAAUGCAUACGUGGCUAAAAAUUUACAUAUUUCGUCCGGGAAAAAGAGAAUUCGGUAAAUUUGGAGGAAUUCUCUUGACAUAUCUUGCAAGUUCUCUACUUCAUGGAUUAAAUUUUCAACUUGCUGCUGUUUUACUUAGUUUAGGUUUCUAUACUUAUAUUGAAUUUCAAUUGAGAGCUGUACUUGCAUCCACUUUUAAUGCAUGUAUAUCAUCGAAAAAAUGUCCAAAAAAUCAAUGUCAACAUGAAAAAAAUUCAUUAAAUUGUUGGUGGAUAAUGGGAGUUAAUAUUGGAUUCACAGCAUUAACAAUGUUUCAUUUAGCUUAUUUGGGUCUUAUGUUUGACACAUCAGAAACACAAGAAACGGGAUAUAAUUAUUUACAUACACUGGAAAAAUGGUCUAAACUUGGAUUCUCAAGUCAUUGGAUUGCAUUCGCUACUUAUUGUGCAUAUUUUUUAAUAAGAUAACAGUAUUAAUUCAAUAUUUAACGAAAGCAAAUCUGUGAUUAUUUAUUACACACAAUUUUUCAUGUAUAAAAAAAAAUUUGUACUUUUGUAACAAUAAAAUUAUGUUACCAAUCGUAACAUAAAAA